AUGGAUGGAUGUACGGGUAAACGUUCAAUUGACCGGAUGGUUGUGCUUCGAAAAGCAGGUGGUCCUGUUCUGCGUGAGAAUAUGAACAAGAAAGAUGAAAAGAAUGCCCCUUUCUGCAGCCGAGUUGGUUGUAGUGCUAAGGUAUCUUCCACGAAAGGAACCCGGAUUGGCUCUACGGAUAACAAUACGAAAAUUGCUCGGCCUCCGAUUUGGUUUGCCUCAAAUGGAAAGGAAAUUGUUGGGAGUUCAUCUCAAACUCCGGGUGGAUUUCGAUACUUAAGAAAACCAGCCAAAGCUACUGAAAGGAGACAGACGUCAUCUAAUUUGGACACAGAUUCUUCAGAGACGAGCAGUAGUCAUGAUAAUCCAGCAACAGCAGAGACCACCCUUCCACGCCGAAAGCCUAACAGAAGCACAAUCAAUGUUCAUUCUCAAAGCGCAGUCUCUGGAGAAGGCUUUAUGAAAAGGGUAGGAAGCUCAAGUAGAGGAACCAGCAAAAGUAGUCAUCAGAAAUCUGACUCGGGCACUCAAGAUGCUCUUGUGGGUCCUUCUGUUUCUUUAUCUUCUGGUAACAGUGGGCACACUGUAAGAGGUGGUCUCAGUAGGCAUGGAUUGAGGAACUUGAGCUGCAACUCUGUGUCUAAUGUUCUUCCAACUAACUCAAGCUCGACAAAGAAAAUCAGCGUGACUAAAUUGAAAAACACUGAUGGAGAGGGCAGCUCCUCUAGCAAAGCCAAUAAGACUAGUGGGUCUGUGCUGAAGGGAAGGAAUCAAAGUUCUUCUCAUGGCAAUGGCAUCACAGUUUCUGAUAAUAGAAGGAAUCGAAUAGUACCAACUAUUAGGGACAACAGUGUUGUUUCAAGUAGUGGUAGGAGAUCUGGUUGUUUUGGUAGAUCAGGGCGACUUGAAAGUGUCGCAUCCCCUGCUACUUCUCUUCAAACGCCUCAUCCUGCAACACCAACCGAUUCCAAUCCUUCUCGUUCAUUUAGUCCAUCAAAUCGUUACAGCAGGCCAAACAGUAGUACUGGCCGGUUACGUAGCAUGAUGCCUGGUAGCCCCUCGGAAGCUGAUCCUUCACGCCCUUUGGUGAACCUGGAUGGCUUAAGUCGCUACAACAUGAAUGGAAUUGCCGAGGUAUUGUUGGCCCUGGAAAGAAUUGAACAUGAUCAAGAGCUUACAUUCGAACAACUGGCUUCUUUAGAGACGAAUCUAUUCUCAAGUGGUAUGAUCAGAUUCUACGAUCAGCACAGGGAUAUGAGGCUUGACAUUGAUAACAUGUCAUAUGAGGAACUAUUAGCAUUGGGGGAUAAAAUGGGUACGGUGAGCACAGCUCUAAGCGAGGAAGCACUCUCGAGAAGCCUGGAGAAAAGCAUUUAUCAGCAGACAGAUGAAACCGGUUCCAUUUCUCUCAAUAAGGAUGACGAUAUCAAGUGCAGUAUUUGCCAGGAAGAGUAUGUUGAUGGAGAUGAAGUAGGGACUAUGCAAUGUCAACAUAUGUACCAUGUGAGCUGUGUUCAACAAUGGUUACGGAUGAAGAAUUGGUGCCCUAUCUGCAAAACCUCUGCGGAAGAGGGGAAGUCGAUUUAG